AUGCAUUCUGAUAGAGGUUGGAUGUAUGCAAGACUAAAAGAUGGUCUACUAAAUCCUUUAUUCCUUGAAGGAUUAAAUGAAUUCAUAUCAGCUGCCAAACAGUUUCCAGACUGUUUGAAUGGAGAACUAAUUAGGUGUCCAUGUAAUCGAUUUAAGUGCCAAAAUCGCAGUUUUGAAGAUGAGAAUACAGUUAGGUUUCAUCUAAUGAAAUAUGGGUUUGUUAGAGACUAUUAUGUAUGGUAUUUGCAUGGCGAAAUUCAAAACUACAAUGUGAUCCAUAAAAGAAAUGCAGCAGAGCCUAGUUUCUCCCCAUCAAUAAGUAAUGAGCCUUCAAACCAAUCUAUUCAAAGAUUGUAUGACAUGUUGGCAGCUGCUAAUCAGGAAUUGUGGCCAGGUUGUGAAAAUCAUUUGCAACUGUCAGCUGUGGCAAGGAUAUUGAAUAUCAAAUCUGAACAUCAUUUGUCUGAACGUUGCUUUGACAAUAUUUGUCAAUUCAUCAAAGAAAUUUUACCUAUUGAUAAUUUAUUUACUGAUAAUUUCUACUCUACAAAGAAAUUACUUGAAGGCUUGGGAUUACCAAUUCAGAAGAUUCAUAGUUGCUUAAAUGAUUGUAUGAUUUAUUGGGGUGAGGAUAAUGAAUUGCUCAGGUGUAAGGUGUGUGAUCAUCCGAGACUACAAAGGUUGUACGCAUCUAAUGCUACAGCUAAGGAUAUGACUUGGCAUGCCACUCAUGGGACUGAUGAUGAUUUAAUGCAUCAUCCAUCUGAUUCGAAUGCAUGGAAAGCUUUUGAUAACAAUUGGCCUCAUUUCAGUGCUGAGAAACGUAAUGUCCGUCUAGGACUGUGUACCGAUGGUUUUCAACCCUUUGGACAAUCUGGUCAGCAAUAUUCAUCAUGGCCCGUCAUAUUGACACCGUACAAAUUACCUCCAUGGUUAUGCAUGAAAGGUGAGUAUAUGUUUCUCACUAUACUUGUCCCAGGGCCUAGAAAUCCAAAAGAUAAGUUGGAUGUGUACUUGCAACUCCUAGUAACUAAGCUGAAAGAUUUAUGGGAGAAUGGAGUUGAAACAUAUGAUGCAUUCAAUAAAGAAAAUUUCAACUUGCGAGCUGCUUUAAUGUGGACUAUAAGUGAUUUUCCUGCUUAUGCAAUGUUAUCUGGAUGGAGCACUGCAGGACGGACCGCUUGUCCUUAUUGCAUGGAAGAUAGUGAUGCGUUCACAUUGACAAGAGGAGGUAAGCAAUCAUGGUUUGAUAAUCAUCGUAAAUUUUUACCUCCUAGCCAUUCUUUUAGAAGAAACAAAACAUCUUUUAGGAAGAAUGUAUCUGUUACUAAGAAAGCUAAACCACCAAUUUUCGGUGAAGAAUUACUGAAAUAG